AUGGCGCAAACUAAGACACAUGAAGCAGCGCGAGCGUUUGGAGAGUACCUGUCCCACACACACCCUGAGAACCGAAACGGAUCAGCCCAUCUCCUGUCUGACACGUUUGUGGGCCCAGACUCUGUCUCCCCUGGAGGUGUCCGUCACCACCACAACAACAACCAUCCAUACCCCCACAGGGGCUCUCCGGCCUCCCCUGAGUCCAGCCUGGUGAAGCAUCCGCUGGACCACCUCCAGCCCCCGCCCGCCUCCAUCACCACCACCAAGACCCGCCUGUCUCUGGAGCGCAGCUUCUCGGCCGAGGAGGACCAGCAGAAGUGUGUGGAGUGCGCCCUGCAGCCCGCCCGCGUCUACACCAUCACUGGAGAGCACGGUAUGCUGGGUAGCAACCGCGGCAGCAAGGAGAGCCUGGAGCUGGAGCUGCUGAAGGGGGCGUCGCCCCUAGUCCAGCCCUCCACCUCCCCCUCCUCCACCUCCUCCUCCUCACCCACCCAGCACCACCUCCGUCACGGUCACCGCAGCAACACUCACCGCGAUGACGGGAGCCAUCGUCACGGCAACCCCGUGGCCGGCRGCAGUGGCAGCAACCAUCACUCUCUGACUGUUACCGGUGGGGGAGCCUCCCACCAUGGUCACCAUGGCAGCCACCACCACCUAUCCCAGCAGCCUCUGUCGAGCUCGGUCAGCGCGCAAAACAUCCGCAGCUGGGGCGAGGGGGGCAAGGGGGACUCACGGGAGGACUGCAGCCUCAAUGUGGUCUUGGACUCUAGUGGGGCCCCGUCCCGUAGCCAGGGCUCCCUGGAUCUAGAGAGCUCCCGCGAGGCAGGCAAGCAACACAGGCGCCUAGAGAGGAUGUGCAGUGUGGACCGGAUGACUGGGCUGGAGAGAGAGGACAACAACUGGUACCCAAAAGACAAUAUGUUCAGCUUUCAGACUGCUACUACCACCAUGCAGGCGGCGACGCCCCUUCAGCAGCUGCCAGCUCCAGGCUGCCGCUUGCUGCCGCGGUUGUCUACCCGCUACCGUGCUCUCAGUGAUGCGGUGGUAGAUCGCGGGCCGGGCUUGCAGGGCGGCACUCCCAACACUUCUGCUGGUCCCUCCUCGGCCGAGAAGUGCGCGCUCUCAGAGAUACAGCGUCUCCCUCUCUCUCUCUCUGACGUUGUGCCUGCUCUUUGUGUCGGGGGGUCAGGUGGGGACCUGCCUGCCUCAUGUGGGACCCUGGAUGAGGGGGAGCGUGAGGAGCUAGACUGGGAGGAGGAGAGGGAGAUGGAGAGACUUGCCUGUGAGGGAGAUGACUUCAUCCCACCCAAAAUCAUGCUGAUCUCCUCCAAAGUCCCCAAGGCGGAGUACGUUCCCACCAUCAUCCGCAGGGAUGACCCCUCAAUCAUCCCUAUCCUCUAUGACCAUGAACAUGCUACGUUUGAUGAUAUCCUCGGUAGGUUCUGGAGGAGGCUGAGUCGGUUUAUGAGCAAAGUGAACCCUGAACCCAACCUCAUCCACAUUAUGGGCUGCUACGUCCUGGGAAACCCCAAUGGAGAGAAGCUGUUCCAGAAGCUAAAGAACCUGAUGAGGCCUUACUCCAUCGAAUUCGAGUCGCCACUGGAGCUGUCUGCGCAGGGAAAAGAGAUGAUUGAGAUGUACUUUGACUUCCGUCUCUUCCGUCUGUGGAAAACUCGCCAGCACUCCAAACUCCUGGACUACGAGGAUCUUUUAUGACGGGGCUCCAAGUCAAGUCAGUCCUGUAGCAGACAUACAGUCUAUACUGGGACAGGAGGACCUACUGAACGCCACUGCUCAACUCAACCCUACUGCUCARCCCCACUGUAACAUCUAUCAUACCUGCUUUCAUCCAGGAGAGGACUGGGAGAGGGGGGUGAUGAAGAGGAGGAAGAAGAGAAGAGGGACAGGAGUUAUAGAGAGGUAGAGGAGGAGGUGAGGGGUGACAUAGCAGCUGUCAUGGUGCUGUGUGUGUCACCCAUUAUUUAUUUCAACCCUCCUCUUCACCGCCUUCGCAACCACAAAGGUCGAGGGUCAAAAAGAGAGACACCAAGCAGAAGGGAUGCUAGAAGGACAACAAGACCUGAAGAUGGAGAGAACGAGUGAAAGAGUAGAACGGGAGAGAGAUCUUCUGUGCUCUUGCUCUCUCCCGUAUGAAACGAGGAACAAAAACAUGUAUUGUCAUGUUUGAGGUGCUCAUAGCACUUUAAAGGGCAAUUGUUUGGUUCGGUUCUUGUUGGAUCUCUCAGAGAAUCUGGAUUGGAAAAGCAUAAUUCAAUCCAUAUGUAGGUGUGUAUGUAUACAUCACAUGAAUAUCGUCUAGCUCUAGUCAUGCAAAUUCUCACUCUGUAAGAAUAUGAUACAUUAUUUAUGUUCGCUGUUUCUUCUGAACUCUCUUCAAUAACUCAGGUUUUAGCCAUGAAAUCAUCUCUGUUUGUUUGAUCCCCUAAUGCACCAGAUAUUGUAAUCCUCAUUGCCAUUGCUUGGGAUGAAUGUAGAUAUAAUUUAUCUUCUAUCUAUUUCAACUGAUUCAGCUCCAGAGCCAAAAGUGUAGGGGCGAUGUCACGAAUACAUAUGUGUGUGUGCAUGUGCGUUCGUAGGUCCGUGGGCGUGCGUGCGUGCGUGCGUCGUGUGUGUGCCUGCGUGCGUGUGCGUUUUCCCUCUCUGAUAUAGCCAUGCUGAACCAUUCCAUUUCACACCACAGAGUGAAGUCACUGACACACACUUCCAGCAGAUGAUUUGUGAUGUCAGGUCUGGUAUCAUGGCCAAUAGCUCAAGCAAAMCCCCUAUCAGUGUUACCCGGUGGAUCCCUUUCUACUGUCUCCAUCGGAGUGAUGCCAUUUAAAUGGCCCAUGUCUUCCGUCAGUAGCUGUACUCCAUCUAGCCUCAAGCCUGUUGGUUGCUCUAUCCAUCAGCUAGGCCGCUCUGGCUCCCCCUCAGGACCUCUUCCUCCACUGGGCCUUAGUUCAGUCAGAAAAUAGGCACUUAAUAAAUUGGUCUGAUCUUCAUCAUUCCAAGCCAUUAAGGAGCCAUCUGGGGCUCAGCAGAGUUAUGUGCUGUAAUGUAAUGCACGAGGGGAGAGAGAGUAGUGUGUGUGUGUGUGUGUGUGUG